CAACAGCAGCAGCAUUGACUGCCUGCGGGUAGGGGUAAGGAUGUGAUUUUAGCAGAAAGCCGGCGCAGUAGCCUCCCCCGAAGCAGGACUGGGCAUCCUCUCUUUCCUUCUGCGCCUGCUGCAGCAGCGGCAAUAGCUGAGCCCAGAGCGGGCAGUACUUCUCACAAGCAUCUUUGUUCUUCACGUACAUCUGGGAGGCCAACCUGUGGCCUUUAAGAUUUGUUGGACUCCAACAUCAGCCCAGCCAGCAUGGCCAAUGGAAACGUUACUGUACAAGAUUAGUCAGAUGCCUCCCCUACUUUCCUUGCAUCACAUGGUGUGUCAUACAAGGUUAUUAAUACUGACCUCAUAAUUUAAAUUAAAUAAUUAGACAAACACAAUGGAAGGCACUCAUACUGUUCUCCAGUUGCACAGACCCAUCAUGGAGCUUUGCUGCGUCAGUUUCUAUCUUCCAAAGGGAAAAGUAAGAGGAUUCACAUACAAGGGCUGUGUAACACUAGACAAAUCCAAUAAACGUUUCCAUAACUGCUAUAAAGUGAGGGAAGGCUCAGAGGCAGUAGGAUCAAGAGGGCAGACCUGUGAAAACAUUGGGGAGAUCUUCUUCAAGCAAGCAACUACUAAGGAUAUUCUCACUGAGCUGUUUAAACUAAAUGCUGAAAAGGAGAGACUGUUGGCUGCUCUACUUAGCUCAAGCUACAUUCUAGGUGUUAAAAUGGGAAAUCAGGAGGGAAAGCUACAAGAUGUUUCUGAAAGCCUGAAACAUAAUGAUUACAACAGACUGGGUUUCAAGGAUCAACAAGAGUCUCUUUCGGAAUCUAUGGAGAAGAAGUCCACCCCAAAAAACAAAAAAAUGAGGAAAUUUAGCAAACGGAGAGAAAGCACUGAGGAUUUUAUAAACAAGAAAAUGAAAAGGAAGAUCCCUGGAGUUUUGGAGCCUCCAGCAUUAAAUAGCAAAGCAAUAUUGUUGGACGAUGACAGAUUACUUUCUGCCAAAUAUCCUGCCGAUUAUUCUUCUAGUUCUUUUACAUGUUCUUAUCAAGAAAAAGUGAAAGGCAAAGAUGAUUUAUCAUCAGAUGUGAAUAAACUACCAGAAGGAUCAAGGAGAGAGUGGUGUUUGCUUGAGAACAGUCGAGCCUUGGGAUCUAAUACAGACCUCUCUGUUUCUUUCUCAGAGUAUGACAAUGAUGUGUUUGGACACUGUUUUGCACAUGAUCAUAGUCUGUUAGAUGAUGUAGAGGAUACACUUAAAGUGAUUCAGGUGGAGCAGAGCAGAGCAUUCCUGAACUCUUUCCAAGAAACUUCAACAAACCAAUGUGAUGCUUUUGAUAAGACUGUAGCAUCUGAAAUGGUGCAUAGUUACAAUCAUAUUGGAGGGAACUGCAAAAGGAAACCUGUAGUCAAAGUGCUAUCAAAAGCACAAGAAUCAGAAUGCCACCUGCAGAAUGUUGGAAGUGCCUCUGUGGAAUAUGGUCAAAUACCUGAUGCCUCUAGUAAGGGGAGCAAAGAAUCAGUUGGUUUUGGUUUUGCUACUGUAAUGCGGGAGAAAGAGCAGAAAGACUGUGUUCCACAACAUAAAGAGAAACAAGACCAUGUUAUUGAUGAGUCAUGUAGUCUAGUGGGAGCAGUCAAUAAAACCUUACUGAAAGUUAUACAGAAUGACAGGUUAGAUGAAACAGCAGAAUGGAAGAGAUUACAGCCUGUUCAAAGAGCAGACAGAAGCCCAGCAGGCUUAGUUUUUGAAAAAAGACCUACAGCACCCCAGGAGUACAAAAAACAUUUGUCUUUACACCUGCCAAUAAAUUUGAAUCCUGAUAUUUGUCAGACAAGGGCCAUCAUUAAGCAGGAAGAUAAAAGGCCACUGUCUCCAUCCUUAGUAGCGGUUAGCAAUGUUUUUAAUAAUUCAUAUCCACCCUCCAAUACAUACAAACAGAUGUCGCCUCUUCCUUCUCCUUUAUCCUCAAGUCUGCCUAGCCCACAGCUACACCACAGAAUACUUCCAUUGCCUAUGCUUGACACUGAAGAAGAAUCUGUGUUUAGUGAUUAUUGCUGUUCAAGACAUUCCACAACAAAUUUCCUAUUGGGUAAAGAUUUGGAAGCACAGUUGCAUCUCAAGUUUUCUGACUUUGCACAUCGCGGGCUUUCUGUGAGACAACCAGGCCUACAUCAAGUUGCCAGUGAGAACCAUUUUGAAACGAGCAGCCUUCAAGAAAAGAAAAGUAUACAACAACAGCAUCAACUGCAUUCAGGUUAGUCAUAUUUCAGUUAUUUUAAAAAAAUGCCAAGAAUAACACAUUUAACAGGGAACUUCCAUUUAU